AUGACAACCCCAGAUGCACUCCGAGAUGCGGAACACAUCGCUGACAUCUCCAAUUUUUCGCACGACAAUGAUGACGAACGCCAGAUGUCGUCGCAGCUGCUGGACGCCAGAAAGGAUAUCCGGUCAAAGGCGAAAACCGUUCUCCUCAAUCGCCUCCUGCAUGACUUCGAUCUCCUGAUAUACUGCCAGCUCUCUUCGCUGUAUUACAUGGACUGCUCUAUCUUCCACUUCGCCAUCCGGGCAGUCAUCCAAUUCGGUUAUCUCACUCCCAAACCUACCUUCGAGCCUCCUGAAAAUCAGCCCUACAUCGGAGCUAUUCUCACCAGCAAUCUGCUCUGCAUGUUCCUUCAUUGCAUAUCCGCCGCGCCUAUUGCCGGCGAAGUCUCACGGGGCUACCUCCACGGAGGACUCUUCAUUGAUUUUAUCGGACAGAAAGGCCCGAUUUCAAAAGUUCGCCUGAUCGUCAUGGACAUCCUAGUUAUGAUCCUGCAAAUUAUUAUGAUGGGGGUCAUAUUGGAAAAGGAAAAAGUCAAGGCCACCUCGCCCCGUGAAUCAUCUAAUUCUGCGUCGGGGAGUCACUCGCCUACGUCCGACUCGCGUGUCUCCCAGGAUAUCGAUUCGGAAGAGCGUGGUGUACGUCGUUCUAGGGAGACUGAGCCACCCGGCGCUGAUGGCAUUGAGCUGCAAAACUUGCAACCCUCAGAUGCGCAAAAUAAUAUUCACGAUGAAAGAAAUGAAGAAAGGGAUCACGAGCGGCACCGUCUGUUAUCUGAUGCCACUCCCGGCGCAGCGGAUCACUUCGAUAACUCCAUGCAUCCUCGCGAUGAAUUCCUUACGGGGGAUUCGGUGAUUAUGGAAUUGAACAUCUACAAAACCUUUCGCGAUCAAUGGCGGCGCAAUACAAGGACUAGUACACCCGCUGAAUCCUCCGGCUCGUCGACAAGCAUUUCCCCCCGCGUUUAUUUUCGACGACGGUUCGGGGCUCAUUUUGGUGCAGGCUUUUAA